AUGAGAUGGUCGACUGGAGUACUUCUAGGAGUCGUGCUCAAGGUUAUGCAGCCAGUGUACGCACUUCGCUUCCUCCCUGCCUUUGCAGAUCUGCAACCUACGGCUAUGUUUCCGAUCUCCCUCAACCUCGGUACGGGGGUUCUCCGAAGAUUCCUGUUUGGUGAAGACCACUCCACGGUUAUGAGCGACGAGGUCCAAAACGCGUGCGGAAAUGUCGUUCCGCGCAGAGCAUUCCCCGUGGAGAUACUAGAGCCUAUUAUCCAAGAAGCGUGGUGGUCCACGUCCGAGCCGUUGCAACGUUGCAACCUCUACCGCACCCUGAUGUGCGUCAACUCCGUCGUUCAAGAGAUUGCAGCACUUCGACUGCCUCUCGUUCUCUCUGUCGGGAGCAGCCUGGAUGAGAAGCUAUACAGGACAAUGCAAGUACACGCUGCGACUCUUCAGUCGCGUAAGGCCUUUCAACUUAGAUCUCGUGGUCCUCCUACGCCUGAAGGUUCGGCUCAUGAGCCCAUUCGCUCGAACGGGCCGCGCUACUAUCAGCACAUUCGCCUGGAGUUGCCGAUCCACCUUUGUGACGAUCCCGGGGAAUCGCCAUUCGCUUAUAGAUCAAACGUCCCAUCUGAUAGGAUCCUUGGCGGCCUUUGGAGUGGGGACCACGCUUUCCGCGUUGUCCAGGAUCUAGUCAGCGACUGCCGCUCCGUCUCUGUGCAAGUUCAUCGAGAUGGCACGACUUUUUGGGUCGUGCCGUGGGCGCUCAUCAGGACCCUCAAGUCGUUUGCGGCACUCAAGUCUGUCGACAUGGACUACGAGGACUGCUUCCCCGACGCAACUAUAAGCGUCGACUACGACGCCGUCACACGUUCCCCCCUCACCUUCCCGUCUGUCACCUCCCUGCGAUUGGCCGGGAGGUCCUCGGAGUUCGGCACCAAGCGUUCGCUCUUCCAGAGUCUGGCGACUACGUUCCCAAACCUGCGCGCGCUGACCGUGGCGUUCUCUAUCUAUCUCGCCAACCUCGACGUCCCGGCUGGCCUCGUUUCUCUCACCUUGGAAGUGCACACCAGGAAAGACAGGGUAGGGACGCUAGAAGAUAUUGGGUUGAUCCAAUAUGGGAUUGGGGCUGCCCUCAAGAAAGGGCUCCUCGCCCGGCCACCCACCAGUGCCGAUACCUCAUCUGCCACUCCCUCUCCGGGCACCUUGACUGUCUGCACUGGGAUAGAGGUGCCAUUAUGGUGGGAGGAGACGCAGAGGAUCUGUGCCAAGUACGGCGUAAGAGUGAACAAGGUCGUCGUGCAGAUGCACUAA